AUGCCUAAGAACAAGGGAAAGGGUGGUAAGAAUAGGCGUAGGGGUAAGAACGAGAACGACAACGAGAAGCGCGAGCUUGUCUUCAAAGAGGAGGGCCAGGAGUACGCCCAGGUGGUGAAGAUGCUGGGAAAUGGUCGCCUAGAAGCACAGUGCUUCGAUGGCGCACGUCGACUCGCGCAUAUCCGUGGCAAACUGAGGAAGAAGGUCUGGAUCAACCAGGGCGACAUCAUCCUCCUCUCGCUCCGAGACUACCAGGAUGAGAAGGGCGAUGUGAUUAUGAAGUACUCUGCCGACGAAGCCCGUUCAUUAAAAGCCUACGGCGAACUUCCAGAGAACGCAAAGAUCAACGAGACAGACACCUACGGCGACCAAGGCGACGAGGGCAUCGGCUUCGAGUUCGACGAGGAUCGCGACGACAGCGACUCGGACGAGGCCGACGGCACCGGCAAGAAGGAGAUCGACAUUGACGAUAUUUGA